AUGGCGAUCACUGCAAAGUGCCACAAGCUCCUAGAGGCCGAUAUCCUUCAACGGUCGUCCCAAGUUGUCUCAGUCGUGGGUGAUCGAGCAUACAUCUUCGGAGGAGAGCUACGGCCUCGUGAGCCUCGGGAUAAUGACGUGCACGCUGUGUCCUUGGAUGAUACAACUGCUUCGAUAAAUACCCAUCCUAAAGCAUCUUUGUGCCCCUCCGCUAGAGUCGGAUCAGCAUCCGCAACUCUCAAUGGCAAAAUCUACCUAUUCUCCGGCCGUGGGGGCGUGGCAAUGGCUCCGAUCGAAGAGCAAGGCGCAAUCUGGGAAUAUGACCCGUCAACGCAAACUUGGUGUCUGAUUCAACCUUCUAGAACGAAGUCAGCUGCAGUGCCGGCGGCUCGCAGCUAUCAUUGUAUGGCUAGUGACGGCAAAGAUACACUUUAUAUCCAUGCAGGAUGCCCUGAAUCAGGACGACUUUCAGACCUCUGGGCCUUUAAUGUCCCUGGCAAGGAGUGGACUGAGCUUGCACCGGCGUCCGAUCCACCUCGUGGUGGCACAUCGAUUGCAUUCGUCGAUGGGAAAUUGUAUCGUAUGAAUGGCUUCGACGGAAAAACCGAGCAUGGUGGAACUCUGGACAUCUACACUCCAGAGACUCGUUCUUGGGACACGCACGUUUAUGUUCCCGAUGGGAGGGAUGGCCCGGCGCCGCGGAGUGUCAGCGCGUUACUACCACUUUCCACCAGCGGCCGAUAUUACCUUGUUACACUGUUCGGAGAGCGAGAUCCUAGUUCAUUGGGCCAUCAGGGUGCGGGAAAGAUGUUGGGUGAUGUAUGGGCCUUUGACAUUGCGGAUAAGAAGUGGGAACAGGUAGAUCUACAGGGUGGUGAAGUUCCAGUUGCAAGAGGUUGGUUUGACGCUGAUGUCGCGGCCGCAAAUGUCGUUAUUGUUCAUGGCGGGCUGGGAGAGUCGAACAACCGGCUUGGGGACAUCUGGAGGCUCGAAUUUGCGUAG